UCCGGAAGCGCCAAGGCGUGCGCUAACCGAUUCGACUCCCGGUGCCUCUGGCCUGGCUGUGACCGCCCAUGGGUCGCUCACGCCGGACGGGCGCGCACCGGGCGCAUUCGCUGGCCCGCCAGAUGAAGUCAAAGCGGCGGCGGCCGGACCUGGAUGAGAUUCACCGCGAGCUGCGGCCCCAAGGUCCGGCACGGCCCCAGCCCGACCCGGACCUCCCAGGGGGCGGCCUGCAUCGCUGUCUGGCCUGCGCGAGGUAUUUCGUCGAUUCUGCCAACCUGAAGACCCACUUCCGAUCCAAAGACCACAAGAAAAGGCUGAAGCAGCUGAGCAUGGAGCCCUACAGUCAAGAAGAGGCAGAGAGGGCAGCGGGUAUGGGCUCCUAUGUUCCUCCUCGGCGGCUGGCAGUGCCCACAGAGGUGUCCACUGAUAUUCCUGAGAUGGAUGUGUCUCCAUGACAUGGCCUGAGGAUGCAGGGCAGGAGAACUGCCCAUGGACAGUGAUGCCUAGUCUUGGAGAGACUGUGCUGACUUCUUCUGGCCCUGGAUUUGAGGAGCGGAUGGGCUCUUCUGGGUGUCUGCACACAAUAAAGGAACUGAACAGAGAGGACUGGCUUCUGAUCUCCUGACUUCCAGGCCAGAGUCCCCUCCUUCCUUCAAACUCCUGCCCUAUACACGUUUCUCUACCACUGUGUGUAGGGCCCAGAGUGUCUAUUCUCUCCCUUCUACCUUUAGAACCUGCACCCCUGCCGCCUUUUAGGGGCUCUGACAUAUGAACUGAAGCCCCCUAAAAGAGCCCAGUUGCAGUGGGGAGAGGGAUUCUGAUCAGGUGUAUUCUAUCCUAAGGGCAGAGACUGACCCCAGGAAAGAAAGAAGCUCCCAAGAUUUCAUCCCUUCCCCUAGGCCACUUACUCCCAGGGCCCAGGUAACAGGCUGCCUACUUCAUUACGGGGCCUGUGGUGGCUGCCGCUGCUCCACCAUCUUCCAGACGCCAUAGCAGGAGCCACCCAGCCCGAGGACAGCCAGCAGUGUGGCCACAACCCCAGCCAGUGGGUUCCGGGGCUCUGCCUUCAGCUCACCAGCUACCUGCAUCUGGAGGUACACAGAAAAUACAGCUGGGGAGUUGGGUUGAGACUUUUGGGAAGGUGAGGGGAGGGAAGGGAUUGAGAAGGUAUAGCUGGAUGGAGACGCAGAUGCUGCCCUAGGGAGAUUCCACCCCAAUUCCUCUCGCUUCACUGCCCAUUUGGGCCCUGGCUGCUCAGGCGGCAGGGAACGUGCCAGCCGAAGCUGGUCGGGGUGUUAGCCUAGCUGUGGUUGGGGGAAGAUGGAGUCAGUAUUCCACCCCCCCACCUCACUGAGCCCCACCAAAGCCAGCUUUGUGGGCUUUCAUUGGUAUUAUUUCAUUGGUAUUGAUUAUCUCAUAAAAUGAAAAAAAGGAUAAAAAGAUUUGGAGUACUUACCUGUAGCACCCGGAAGUAGCCAGGGGUCAGACGUCGAAAUCUCAUGGUGAGGGGGGUUGCUUGUCCCCGGGGGACCUGUUGCGGUGAGCAAGGACGUGAGGAUCAGUGGCGUUCCUGGCGCCUAGGGGAGGAAAGCAGUGUAUGGAGGCCCCUGACCUGCCAUGCACACACCACACAUGCGCUCAGCGGAUGCUUGCCAGUGCCUGCCUGCCCAGGUCUGGCAGGGGGUGGGGCGGCUGGACCUUUAAAUCCAGUCCCUUCCCCCUGCCUGCCCAUCCUGCCAGCCUCAGGAGCAGCUGUCGGGAGAGAUCAGCAUCAGGCCUGAGCAGCACCUCCCCCACCCACUGGGGAGGCCAGGCCUGGUGGGCAGGAGAGGCCUUGGCAGCACCAGGAGUCCCAGGCUUGGACCAGAUACUGGGAUGGCCUUCCUUAGCUGUGACCCCAGCCCCUACCUCUACCUUAGAUGAUUGGUCGCCACCAAUCAGGUUUCAGCAAACAGAGGGUGUGCCUCAUGCAUCCUUGCAAACAGCAGUAUGCCUCUCCACUUGGUGGUUUCUGCUACAUUUUAACCACCCUUACUUUGGGGGAGUGCAUAUUUUACACUCUCCCAAGAUGGAGUUCCCAUAGAGACAUAUCCAUCUCUUCCCUAACCUUGGGAACAAUAAUACUUUAAUGGGUUAUGAAGAAUCAAAGAAAGAAUAUGUGUAAAGUGUGCAUACCUUUGGCCCAGGAAUUUUACUCCUAGGAAAUCUGCCUACAGCCAUACCUGUGUAGCUAAGCAAAGAUGUUUGUACAAGGGUGUUUUGUGUAGUAUUCUUUGUAGUAGUGAACAUGUGGAAAUGGCCUCAGUGCCUAACACUAGACAAACUACUAAAUAGUUUAUGCCUCAUUCAUUUUCUGAAUACCAUGCAACCAAAAGAAAAAAGAUUUGCAUAUACUGAUUUAGACAGCUGUCAGAUGUUUAAAAGGAGUAGCUGAUGGAGCUGGGCACUGUUCUAAGUGCUUUACGUGUAUUAUUUCAUUGGUAUUGAUUAUCUGAUAAAAUAAAAAAAGGAGAAAAAAAAAAACACAAUUUGCA